UACCUUUCGUCCUAAUUCACAUGAAUCAGAAAGUAACCAAAGUUCAAAGAGAUCACGUGUAGCUGAUUCAGCAAAUAAUUGUAGCUUGAAUGUAGAUGAUUCAUAAAAAGGCGAACUACAGAACUAUGUCUAAAAGGAAGUGAACGGUGACAAAAAUCAUUUUAUUUUGUUACCGAACGACCAGUGAUUUGAACAAAUACGAUGUUGAAACUUGCUGUUAUUAUCAUACUUGCUAAUUUUGUACAUGGAUCUCCACGCUCUGGAAAUAAUUCGACAUUUUCAGGUGGAAAAUUUUCAUGUGGUCCCUCUGAGACUGAAUGCGCACUUGGUUGCUGUCCAAUCCAAGAUGCUGUGUGCUGCUCAGAUGGUUACGAAUGCUGCCCUCCUGGUUUAGUCUGUGUUCCCUAUGUCGGUUUAUGUAUCAAGCUUGACUCGUCCAUCGGAAAAAUAGAGCUUAAAUCUGAAGCAACAACGGCUGUGCAACGAAAGGUAUUUGACUGUCCACCAGGUACCACCACAUGUCCAACAGGAUGCUGUGCUUUACCUAAUGGUGUCUGUUGCUCUGAUAAGCUUCACUGUUGUCCAAAUGGUUAUAAAUGCACGCCUGUAUCUUGUGUUAAGAGUUCAGACGACAGUUAUUUACUGAGAAAAAUUGCGUUUAUUGGUAAAAAGGCUUUCGUUUCACCACAAAAGACUGUUAUGAAAGUAUGCCCUGGGGGAAACCAUCGCUGUCCUAAGGAAACAAAUUGCUGUAUAAAUGAUGAUGGUUCAGGGGGAUGUUGUGAUAAGCCUAAUCUUAGAAAAGGUAACUUAAAUAUUUUAUACUCCAAAGACAAAGAAAAAUAAACAAGUAAUCAGAAAAUAAAUGAAAGUCGAUAUCAAAUAGUAUUUCUCAUUUCCACUGCAAAUUCAAAUCGUCUAUAACCGUGGAAGUUACAACGUAAAGAGCAUGUGAAUGUUAUUUUGUCAAUAAAAAUUUUUAAAUCAAAUGUUUAAACCAGCAUUCUGAUUCAACUGAGAGAAUGUUUAGGACUUUUUUGAGCAGGAAUCUUAGACAAUCCACCAUACCUUCCUUGAGAAUCAAGCCCGAUAUCUUUCGGUUGCUAGCUGGGUGUACCGCACAAAAUGCGGAAAGACACAGAUCAGAAGUAACUUUACGUCUUACAUUUCUGCUUUUAUAAGUUAUUUUAUAAGAAAUAAUAUUAUAAUUAUUUUAUAAGAAAACUGAGUCUGAGCUGCUGAAUUUUAUAUGUUAAAACAUUAAGCAUUUAUCUUUUCAACAUUUGUCAUUUACAUUAACAAUAAAAGCACCAAUUUUGAAAACCUUUUUUGUAUAAAUCUUAAUUUGGGAAAAUAACAUUUGUUAAAAAUUUUAAUGUAUAAAGUUUGACAAUCAUUAAAUAAUUAAAUACUUGUUA